AUGUACCUGAAACAAACUGCUGAUGAUGACCGCGCUCUCGGGAUUGCGUGGGCACUGGCGAGGAACGCGAUUGGAGGCGACGGGGAGGAGAUGAAUUUCCCAGACAGACCGCCGUCGUACGUUUGCGACGUCUGCGUGGAGCUGUCCAUCUGGGCCUUUCGCCUCGCUGGCAACACCACGUCGCUAUCCUUGAGUGCUGAUGCGUGCACCUUCCCAUCGGAACGAGCUGCCGCCACGUUGGUGACCCUCCUGACGGCGGUCGGCGGUCGGCGUGUCCACGUCGCCAGCGAGUGUCCGCGACCUCCCUUGAGCUUCAACGCCAUCAAGGCCUGUGUCUCUGUGGAAUGGUCCCAGUCUUACAAGCUACCUUCCGAGACUGCGCUUUGGACUGCAGCUCAAAAAUGGAACGAGAUAUUGGCGGCCGCCUUCGGCACCUGCACGGCGCUGAUGCCUGGCUGGUACCGCUUCGAGUUCAGCGCAAACAUUGUUGACCAGGCCUGCAUUUGGGGCAAUUCUACCUCGUCCAGAGCAUUCGACAUCACUCUCUACUGCUACCCGGGGGACAUUGAUGAACUUAAAACUUAA